CCUCCUUGUGCAACGUGAACAGGGAAGGUCAUGUUGCAGCACAGAAACAGCUUCCUUACUCUAGACCCUGUUACCGGCACAUUGGACUGUCUGUUGCAGUGCGAGUGACUGACUGAGGUCUACAGGGGGGCUUGAGGAAGGCUUGAGAGGAGAGAAGAGAGUACAAAGGGAGCUGAAGACUGCUGCAGUAACCACACACAAACAGGGAGAGAGCAAUUCAAUUUACCUGCGAGAGUUAUGGAGACUCCUCGCUUCUAGAGCUCUCGGUCCCCAAGUGUUCCGUGGGGUUGUCUGUCUGUCCGUCCAGCUAGCUGUCAGCGUGGACAGUGCCAUUAGAGUAGAGACAUGGCCACGGAUUCAUGGCAAGAGGCUGGAAAGACCAGGAAAAGUCACUUGAGAUCCUGUGAGAAAAAAUCCUCAUGGGCCUCCUACAUGACCAACUCCCCCACCGUGAUUGUGAUGACCGGCCUCCCGGCGCGAGGGAAGACCUACAUGUCCAAGAAGCUCACGCGCUACCUCAACUGGAUUGGAGUGCCCACCAAGGUUUUCAACCUGGGUGCGUAUCGUCGAGAGGCUGUCAAAAUGUACAAGUCCUACGACUUCUUUCGACACGACAAUAAAGAAGCCAUGGAAAUCAGAAAACAGUGUGCCUUGGUAGCUUUAGAAGAUGUGCAAGCCUAUUUGACGGAGGAAGGGGGGCAAAUCGCUGUAUUUGAUGCCACAAACACAACCAGGGAAAGAAGAGAUCUGAUCCUUAGUUUCGCAAAGGAAAACUCGUACAAGGUCUUCUUCGUGGAGUCUGUGUGUGACGAUCCUGAUGUCAUUGCUGCUAAUAUAUUGGAAGUGAAGGUGUCCAGCCCGGACUAUCCUGAAAGGCACAGGGAACGGGUCAUGGACGACUUCCUGAAGAGAAUCGCGUGCUACGAGGUUACAUACCAGCCCCUGGAUCCAGAUCACGAUGACAAAGACUUGUCCUUCAUUAAAGUGAUCAACGUGGGCCGGCGCUUCCUCGUGAACAGAGUCCAGGAUUACAUCCAAAGCAGGAUCGUCUACUAUCUCAUGAACAUCCACGUUCACCCACGCACCAUCUACCUCUGCCGCCACGGAGAGAGCCAGCACAACGUCCUGGGCAAGAUCGGGGGCGACUCAGAGCUGUCAGCACGCGGCAAGCAGUUCGCCCAUGCCCUGCGGGAGUUCAUCAAGCAGCAGAAGCUGGCUGAUCUGAAGGUGUGGACGAGCCAGCUGCGGAGGACGAUCCAGACCGCCGAGGAGCUAGGCUCCCCGUACGAGCAGUGGAAGAUCCUGAAUGAGAUUGACGCGGGGGUGUGUGAAGAGAUGACCUACGAGAUGAUCCAGGAUUCUUACCCAGAGGAAUUUGCCCUGCGAGACCAGGACAAAUAUCACUACCGCUACCCAGGAGGAGAGUCCUACCAGGACAUGGUGCAGCGUCUGGAGCCCGUGAUCAUGGAGCUGGAGAGGCAGGGGAACGUGCUGGUCAUCUCACACCAGGCCGUCAUGCGCUGUCUGCUCGCCUACUUCCUGGACAAGAGCGCAGAUGAACUUCCUUACCUGAAGUGCCCACUGCAUACUGUUCUCAAACUGACCCCUGUUGCUUAUGGCUGCAAAGUGGAAACGUUUUACUUGAACAUUGAAGCAGUGAACACUCACAGAGACAGACCUCCAGAUAAAAGCGGAACGGAUCCAGCCCCGACCCUACAGCGGCGGAAUAGUUUCACCCCUCUGGCUAGUCAUGACCAGGUCAAGCGGCCACGGCUCUACAGCGCUGGCAACCGGCCACGCCUGCCCCUGACCACGUCACCGGGGGCGCUGCACUUCCCUGAGCCGCAGCAGGGGGCGCUGCGUCAGCAAACCCAACAUCGUUUGGGGAAUGCCUGCAUGUGAGUACUUACAGAAGGCUGGAGUCGUUCCAGCCUGGCUGCCUGUGAGUCUCUAGUCGCUGUCUCUGCUUCUGAGUAGAGCCUCAAGGAUACCCUUGCAUUGCUCCCACCUGCUUCUAACGGCUGUUCAAACUCCUGCUCUUGACGGCUUCAGCGGCAAACAUGUCUAUUUUUUGUAAUAAAUAUAGUAAGCAAUGUGGAAGGAGGCUAUCGGUGCAAGCACAUGCUGUUUCUGUAAAUAAGUAGCUUCAAUACUGUAGCAGGCUUGCAACUGAAGUUGCAUGUGUCAAGUUGUUAAACACAGCCAAGCUUUUUUAUUUGUUAAUCGGCCUGCUUCUAGUACAAUAACGGACCACCAGUACAUUUGAAUGUGUUUUUCUCGGUUUCAAAAAAGUUAAAUAACGUAUGAAGUACUUGCACUGAUGGCUUCAAAUGUUAUGCUCUGGGAUGAGAUCAGACUGCCUAGAAAUAUCUAUUCCCUGAUAUUAUCCUUUUACUUUAAUUAUAGCUAUAUGUUUAGUAAGUAAUCCAUUGCACAAAUCUGGGGAAAGAUGCUGGGACAUUAUUUUUUUUUUUUUUUUUUUUUUAAUUCCUGUGAUUGUAUUAUUCACUUUUGCCCGAGACUGCUGAUUAGUUCUGUAUCAGUCCUACUGUUAUAAUAACAGUGACAGGCUGAUCAUGCCUUCCUGAUGAGAUAUACACCAACAUGGACUUUGUAAUGCAUAUCUAUUUGUAUUUCUGUAGUAAGCGCUUCCUUUAUUUUGUUUUGUGAUCGUUGAGAGACAAUGGCCAUUGAUAGCCCAUUUCAGAAUGUCAUUGUGCAAGUGGAAUCUACAUUUUUGUAGAUCUUGGUUUAAGGAAUGUACAUUUCGCAAUAAUAAUUGUGCAACAAUGUCCUGUUUUGUAUGUUAUGGUUAAGCAUCAAUUGAUAACUGUAAUUGUACUGUUCUUAAAGAUCCUCGUUUCUUUUAAGGGAAUGUCGAUUUGUCUGUAAAGGGAGGGAUGUGUGACUGAGAAAUGGAUAAAGAAAAUCCCUGACACUUUACACUAGUUUGGCUGCUGGGUGACACUCCAUAGUAGUAUACGCUGAAGAGACUUUCUUCUGUUAAAAAAAAGGGUUCCUUAAACAGAAAUGAAGAUUUGAGAUUUGUUUUAACACAUGCAGUACAGUGUUGUCCUUAUUCAAGUUGACUGUGACAACCACAGCUCUUUACCUAUAACUUUAAACACUGGCAUUCACUAUAAAACUGCACAUCAUGGGGUUUUCAGAUACAAAACAUAGUGGCAAACUUGAUGUGAACUAUAUUGUAACCAGGUUAAAUAACAUGUCCUUAACUUUCUGAAUUUGACUCAUUCACCUGCCUUACAAAGUAAACAAUAUAUACAGUAUGUAUGUAUAUAUCAGAUACGUAUUUGUAAGUUUGUGAGUAGGUAUAAAGCAUACUGCACACAUAAUAUACCUGUACUGUAACAAUCAAUAACAAACUAACUCAAAACCUACUGAUUAACUCAUAUUAGCCUUAUGUGCAAUGUAUUCUGGCUGAAUGUAUGUACAGCACAGUACUGUAUACCAUUGACCUGGCAAGCCAGUAUAUUAAAUGCAUUACAGUGGCAUAUUUGUUAUGGGUGCAUUCAAAUACCACUAGCUGGUAUUUGGUUAAAACUACAGAAUGUUUUUUUUUUUCUAUCUGCAGAUUUUCUUGUUUAUUGUCAAAACAUUAUCAUGCAAAAACCCUGAGCCUGAGCAAUGGUGUCAUGACUUCAGCUUUCUGUAGUUGAAUUGUGUGCAAGGGCAUGCUGGCCUUGCCCACCAAGGAACAGCUAAUCUCUGUGUUUCAUUGAUCUGAACACUAGAUUCACUUGGAUGGAUUGCACUGAAACACACAAGAUUUUUUUAAAAAAAAUUUUGGCACUCCCAAAUGGAAAAUAUUUUAGCGUACUAAAUUCUUUGGACAACUCAGUGAGAGUUUGCCUAACACAGCAACUCACCCCCUGUGUGCUCAGACAUGAUAAUGCCCAUUGAUCUGUUAAUGGUUUUGGGGGAAUGAUUGGUUCUAACAGUCUGCAGUCACGCAUGUCUCCUUCUGCUCCGUUGUGAAGGUGUAUGCAGGUUUUCAAAUCGGUGAGUCGUUCAUAAGAUUUGAGCAUCACAGAAAGAUAUAUCCUAACAUCCAUACAAGGAAUGAGUCUGUGCACUGCAAGCUGUUAGUAUUCUGCGGAAUGCUUAACCAGUAUUUGUAUAUUGCUUGAAAGCUUUUAAUAAAAUCCUUAUUACCAGUAAAAGUUAAAAACACGAUAUUACAGUCUUACGAUUUAAUUUUCUCUUUAAAAGAUAAGUGGAACCUGGGUAUAAGAAAUGAAAUUCAUGCUAGGGAAGAUUUAUUUGUUUUAGGUUUCUGUGAACGCAAUCAUUAUCUAGUCAAAAUGGCUGAUUAGUUUAAUAUUUUAAAAUAAUAUUUGUAAUCCUUGCUUUUAACUGAACUAACAACGAAAAACUUUGUAAUACCACUAGAUAGGUUUGCACAGGUAUUUAAAGAGAUGUAUUUUAAAGGCGUGCAUUAAAUUACAAAUCUGCUACCGCCCUAGCUUUUAAAAAGUAUAGCUAUAGCGGAACCAAACAUUUGGCUUUAAUAUAGACGAGUUCUUAAUAUUUAAUAGUUAGAUUAUGUAUUUCUGUGUCUGAUAUAUUCAGUGUUAUUUAUUGGCAGUGUGUGAUCAGGACUGGAUUACAUUUUCAUUUUAAAAAGCUGUGGAAACGCACAAUAUUUCUGAUUGUAUAAAAACCUGAUGUGUUUUGUUUGUUAACGUUCUUCUGUAUGUUGCAAAUCAUGAUGAUGCAGCAGUAAGAUUACGCAUUCAAUAAAAAAACUUUUUUUUGGGA